AUGGCCGACGACGUGCCCACACCCCGACCGUUGGCAGCAACCAUCACACCAGCGACAGACGCCACUUCUGUAGUCUCGUCAAUGUGGAGCCAACGCGAUUCCAAAUCGAGCUUUGACAGCCUCUACGAUCUUACGGACAGUGAAGGUGAAGAAGUGCCCUUGAAGUUGUCUGCAUCUGUCAAGAAGCAUGUGGGAAACCAGGAACGUAGCAGAUACCCCUCCAUUGUCAUACCAUCUCCUUCCCAAUGGCCGUCUAUCCAUAAGCCACAGGGUUUGUUACCUGUGGGUUUGUCGCCUGCCUCCAAACUGGCAUCUUCUUCUGCGUUCUCGGUCUGGCAGACUCAGAGAUUGAGGGUACCCAGUGGUACUUCUACACCAUCUCUGGAUGGAAGUUUGACGUCAGAGGAGCUUGCUUUGAGCAGUUGUCCAUCGACUCCGGAUCUCGCUUCGAGAGAGGAAGUAGUUGAUGAAUGGGAGCCACCUUGCCAACUUCAUCCAGAUGCAUUCGAAACAUUACACCAGCUGUCUCCGGAAGAGGUCGCUAGGGAAAUGGUCAUUGAGACUGUACUCGAAGUGCCCGAAGAAGCGUCGCUCGAGAUGAGAGAAAUAAUCAAGACCACUCCCGUACGGCUAGACUUUGCUUUGCUGACAGUCGACUCUGAGGACCCAGCUGCACAAGAUCCAAUUUCUGCUUUGAGUGUGCCUUCACCUGGUGGCUUCUUUUCUUCACUUGCUCCAGUAGCCGCACAGACUUGGGCAAUCCGCAAACCGGAACCCUCGACCAGCGUUGCGGAAAAGUUCUAUGGUGUUCCCUGGCGUGGAAGCGCAAGUGAACAACAUCAACGCGUGCGAACAACAACAAUCGUCACUUCUGCACUUCCUUCCGGUCCACCUACGGCAAUCAAGGACGUCUUUUCAUCUAUCGACCCGACAGUCGAAGUCGCAGAGAUCAUCCCCAACGUACGUUUGCCCUUGUCCAGCGAGUACAACGAGCAAUAUCAGGAGAAACUAAAACAGUCAGCGUUGGCUCACUUUGAACGCACAAAGGGUUGGUUAGAAGACCAGUUCACCAUGGUUAGCAAAGAGGUCAUGUCGCCAACUACGCCCAACAUGACUUCGCCAUCGCUCGUGUCGGCUAACAAUAGUCCGUCUAAGAAGAGCGUGAGAUUUGCGCCUGGCACUGCGCCAUCACCAAGACCAUCGACGAACACGACGACAACAGUCUCUGCGCCUGCUUCACCUUCUGUGGUUGUCGCUUCAGAUGUUGACACAGACUUUAUCUUCCUUGCCGGCUUCAGAUCAAUCAUGUCUCGCCGUCAUGCAUCAGACGUCUUUGUUCACCGCCAAUCUCGCCUCGAGACCAUGCACAUCCAGCGUCGCAACUUCCAGUCCGCUUACCUGCGCACGCUGCACAAUGACUUCGAGAUCGCAGAGCCCAGUCGGCCAGUGUGCAGUCGCCCAAUUUCCACCAUGCUACCUACCCCCUCGCCUGAAGACGACGAGAAGAGGGAGACUAUUGCUGCUGUCGAAAGGGAGCGUCAGGUCCUUGAGCAAGUGUCUCCACAGUUCUGGGAGCUCGAAGCGCUGUCAUACAUCCGUGGCGGUGCCUUGCUGACCAAAGAAAUUACUGCACACAUGAAGUCCAUCACCGCACCCCAGAUCCUCGACUUCGGAGGCAAGCCCAAUGCAGACUGGGGCUGGUGUAUCGCAACUUCCUUUCCCACCGCCAAAGUCUGUACAGUCUACUUUGACGAAAGCACGGAAAUCUUGGGAGCCCCUUGCAACCACGUCUCCGUCUACGUCGACAAGCCUUACUCUCUGCCAUUCGCAGACAACACCUUCGAUGUCAUCUCCACACGCACCUUGCACUCGCUCCUCAAGACCGAACACUGGACUUCCACACUCGGCGAACUGCAUCGUGUGCUCAAACCUUCUGGAUACCUCGACUUCAGCCUCAUCGACGCCCUCCUCAGCAACGUCACAGCAGACUGUUGGGGCCAAGUGAUGAAUGCAGAAUUCGGAUACAACCUGCAGCAACGCGGCUACGAACGAGAACCCACGAAGCACUUCUUGGAAAGACUUGAAGAUGCCGGAUUCAGGGAUGUCAAGAGGAUGUGGAUGUUCUUGGGUAUGGGUGAAGUGCAACCUACGUGGAAGGAUGAGGGCAAGACUAUCAAGAGCACGAUCCACCACCAAACCCCAAUGCUUUCCCCCUCGGGCGAACCCCUCCUCGACGCCUCUGGCAAACCAUCCUUCUACCCUCCAGCAUACACCGGCAGCACCGCGGCCGUUGGCCCAGUCACUGGCUUGCUAGGCGCUAGGCUCUGGGAACAGUGGGUGUAUAGGUUGGCUAGGGAAAUGGGUGGGGAAGAUGCGGAAGUCGAGGCGGUAAGGCAGGUCUGUGGUGUGCUUGAGCAGGGGGGCAAGGUGGGCAGUGGGGUGAGCUGUUUGGUGGGUGUUUGUAGGAAGGAAGGGUGA